ACCUACCGGGCAAUUGUUGCGCAAACGCGCCGAAAUUAUGGCCAACAAAAAGCGUAAUGAGUUCGUCUUCAACAUGAAUGGUCACGUCGAGCCGCAGCGGCCGUUUUUAAUCGGCGUAGCUGGUGGAACUGCAUCAGGAAAAUCAACCGUGUGCAAGAGAAUCAAGGAGAAGUUGGGAGAAGAGCAUGAAGCGCGAGUAGUUAUCAUUGGCCAGGAGUCUUUUUACAAGGAUUUGACGCCUGAAGACAGAGAGAAAGCUGAUCUUGGCCAGUACAACUUUGAUCACCCAGGUGCCUUGGACAUUCAUCAAAUGCAUAAGACGCUGACAGACAUCAUAGCCAGGAAGAUUGUCAAAAUGCCACUGUAUGAUUUUAAGAGUAAUGCUAGGUUAAAAGACAAGUAUGCAAUUGUCCAUGCAUCCGAUGUACAUGUAGUCUUAUUCGAGGGAAUUCUUGCUUUCUACGACAAGAGAAUCAGAGAUCUGUUCAACAUGAAGUGCUUUGUAGAUACAGAUCCUGACACCAGACUAGAGAGAAGGGUAAGAAAAGACACGCUAGAGAUGAACAGAGACCUGGAGCUAGUCUUAAACCAAUACAUCACAUUUGUGAAACCUUCAUUUGAGGAUUUCUGCUUGCCAACAAAAAAGUAUGCUGACGUGAUCAUUCCUCGAGGGGCAGAGAACACUGUGGCUAUAGACCUUAUAGUGCAGCACAUACAGGAUCUCAUAAGAGGACCCCAGCCAGCAGACAAAAACAGACUGAGGAACAGAGCACGGCACCAUUCCGAUUCCAUGGUUAGCAGGCCGCACUAGCAGUGGUGGUGUGCGUCUCUGUUGUCAGACUGUGAAAGCUGUAUUCUCGUGGCUGGUUGUAAAAUGCACGGGGAAGGUGUGGGACUGGGGUUGUUGCUACCUGUAGUGCUUUUAACGCCUCGUGAGAUCUCGUGUGUAGUAAAUGUGCUUUCAUGGUAACGCAAAAAGAUCGAAAGUUGUAACAAGUAUUUUUACAUGCUAAGUGCUGGCCAUUGCGUCAUGACGCAAUGCCUGAGACUCGUUUGUUCACGAACUGCUAGAAAAACUUACAAAUGUAUGGUGCCAUGAAUAUAUACGUACAUUCAUGUUAUAUGUAGAAUACAUGUGUACAUGGGGGAAUUCAAACAACUUGGAGUUUGGCUACAUUACGUGCCAUUUAUGCUCGCAGUUAAAAAAAAAAAAAGAUAAAAAAGAAUAUAAUAAAGA